AUGUCUCUGGUGCCAACACAGCAACCUCGUACUUUUGUUGACCACCACCCAUCGUUGCACACUUCCUCCAUCAUCGCGAAACUUGGUUCCGAAGCGACCCUAGACACGCUCCUCAGCUCUCCCAACUCUAUGGAACGAACUGCAACGGAGUACUCGCAGUCAGGUUUGCCUUCGCCCUAUCCAAGCAACUUCGGCGACACCAAUUCUGAAGGUUCGAGGGCAGAUCACGCAUCUGCUGCGCAAUACCCUGUCAAGCAGGAAGUCAACUACUCGACAUCGGCCACUCCCACCUCCGAGUACGGCGUCUAUCCUCAAUCAGCCCGAUCAGGAUCAUUCCCAGAGCACGUCCAGCGUUCAUACCAUCCUGCCAGCAGCACAAGCAGUGGCGGUAUGGCGCAACAACAGAACAGUCCGUCAAUGCCCCAGCAGGAUGGGCGUAGCCAUCAGACCCAUCCGGUCAAAUCUGACAACGAUGUACCUAUAGAUCCGUCCAUCGCCGCACCGAGCCCUACCUACGCAUCCUAUGGGCAGCAUUCGCCCUAUGCGGCCAACCCAGACAUGACACACAGCUAUCCUCAUCCCGGUGGCGGCAUGUAUCACCAGCCUCGGCCAGACUGGUCUGGCUACGGGCAACAUGGCGGUGCGCCUUUGACACCCGGCCACCCAGUCUAUGCUCAGAAUCCCGCUUCAGCGCCGCCCCCCCAGAGGCCGAACCAAGUUUACUCUUUUGUACCCAUCCCAGGUGCUCAGCAGCACAAGCGACCUCGACGACGAUACGAAGAGAUCGAGCGCAUGUACAAGUGUGGAUGGAAUGGCUGUGAAAAGGCCUACGGCACGCUGAACCAUCUUAACGCUCACGUUACCAUGCAGUCCCACGGACAGAAGCGAACACCUGAAGAGUUCAAAGAAAUUCGCAAGGAGUGGAAGCAAAGGAAGAAGGAAGAAGAGGCCAACCGCAAGGCUGAAGAGGAGCGACAGCGCCAGGCUGCUGCUGCUGCUGCGGCUCAGAAUGGAGGCGGCGAUCCUCAAGGACCAGAUGGCACUCCUACUUCCUCCUACCCUGGCUCACGGCCUGUUCAGCUGCCCCCCAUCGGAUACCAGCCUGCUCAGUACCCACCACCUCCUCCCGGAGUUCCUCAACAGCAGCUUCAGGAUUACAACAACAGCCAUAUGUACUCCAAUUAUCCACCUCAUUCACCAUAUGCCCAGUCCAACCAGGGUAUCCCUUACCAAACAAACGGUGGUCAACCCCCAAGCCACUAA